GAAACACGUCAUCAAUAUAUAAUAUAUUUUUUUUUUUGUUGAAAAAAAAAUCAUAAUAAAUGUAAAAAUAAUAAAUAUAAUUUUAUAUAUAUAACGAUAAUAAAUAUUUGAUCUUUAAACAGCAUAACAUGUUUGUCUAAAUGUUAAUAAUUAAUCUUUAUUCAGUAUAUUGUUAAGUGAUAAAUUAAUAAAUAAGACCGAUGUACAAUAACAACAACAACACAAAAAUGGUUAUUCAAGAGUUAGGGAAGCAAUCUUAACCUAAAAAUUUAUAUUUUUGACGGAAUUAUUAACAAAAAGAUAAAAAGUGGAAUGGAGUCAAAUGGACUUGUCUGUCCCAUUAAGGAUGACACAUCAUCAUCAUCGAUGUCAUCAGAACGUAAUACAAAAACAAAAUUAUCAUGUCCAAAUGGUUCAUCGACGUCAACAUCUUCAUCAUCAUCAUCAACUCUUGAUUCACCAUUGAUGAAAUUAUCAUCAUAUUUUUUGGCAUUACGACCAUGGUCACUAAGUGCAUCAUUAAUGCCAACAUUAUUAGGAACAGCACUUGCCUAUCGUCUGACAGGAAUUGAAAAUUUUAGUUUUAUUAUAUUUUUAUUAACAUUAUUAACAAUAAUAACAGUACAUGGUGCUGGUAAUGUUGUCAAUACAUAUUUUGAUUAUAAAAAAGGUGUUGAUAUAUUUGGUAGAAGUGAUGAUAGAAUAUUAGUUGAUAAAUUAUUAUCAAAAGAUGAAUUAGUAUCACUUGGUACACUUUUAUACGCUGCUGGUUUUGUUGGUUUUGUAUUACUUGCUGCUAUAUCACCAGCUAAAAUGGAACAUUUAGCACUUGUUUUUUUUGGUGGUUUAUCAUCAUCAUUUUUAUAUACCGGUGGUAUUGGACUUAAGUACAUUGCACUUGGCGAUGUAUUAAUAUUAAUAAUAUUUGGUCCAAUAUCUGUAUUAUUUGCAUUUAUGUCACAAACUGGAUAUAUUAAAUGGGGUACAAUAUACUAUGCAGUACCACUUGCAUUAAAUACUGAGGCAAUAUUACACAGUAAUAAUACACGUGAUUUAGAUAAUGAUAAACGUGCUGGUAUUGUUACACUAGCAAUACUUAUUGGACAUACUGCAUCACAUUUAUUAUAUGCAUUUUUAUUAUUUACACCGUAUGUUACACUUGCUGUGCUUGCAUUCAGAUAUUCAUUAUGGUUUUUAUUACCCCUUGUUACACUUAAAAAAGCUUUUAAAAUUGAAAAACAAUUUCGUAAUCCAAAUGAAAUACAAAGUGUACCAAAACAAACAGCAAGACUGAAUAUGUUUUUGGGUAUUUUAUAUGUGAUUUCUUGUCUACUUGUUGAGCCAUUACCUUAUCUGUAAAUUUUUUUUUUUUUUAUUUCAACUCAUUUCAUUUUUAUUAUUAAUUAAUAAUGAAUGAUAUAACAAAUAUUGUGUACAUCGAAAAAAUUAUUCAAGUGUCAAGUGAGUGUGUAUGUAUCUAAUUAAAAUGAUUAUUAUCUAGAACAUUUUUUUUUUUUUUUUAAUUAUUUUUGCAAUCAACUGUCUCAUAUUUAAAUCAAUUCAUAAUAAUAUAUAAAAAUACUUUUGUAUAAUGUAAUUAUGAAUUACUGCAAUUAUUAUCAUUGUAAUGUGUAUAAAAAAAAAAAAAGAUUAAAAAAAAGAUAAAUUAUGAUUAAAUUUCAGUAAUUCAUUAUAACUUUUUAUUUUUUGUUUUGCUUAUUUUAAUAUUUAUCAAUUUUUUUUUGUAUUUAUUAAUCUUUAAAUAUUCUUUCUUAAUUAAAUUAUAAAUCAACAUGAUUAUAUUCAUUAACUAUAUAAUGUAUUUUAUUUAAAGAAAAAAAAAACCACCAUGACUACAAAUAAUGUAAGAAUGUCAUAAGCACAUAGAGGUACUAAUAUUAAUGAACAAUUGAUUUAUAAAAAUAAAAGAAAAUUUUGUUUUUAUAUUUGUUGAGUUCUUGCGAAGAUUUUAAUUUAAAUC